AGUUCUAAAUCUCAUUGUCGAAGAAAGACAGCAACAGAGCGCUUCGGAAGAGCUUGCAACCAUCAAGAUCGGAAGAAAGAUUGGAAGAAAGUCUUGUAUUUCGAUCACCAUGGAACCAAGAAGAUCUGACAGAUAUUUUACAACUAUGAACAAAAUUCGAGUGGACAAGGUGUACAGCAAAGAGGAUUAUGACAACGAAGUUGCACAGAAAACAGCGAUGCACAGAUAUGAAAGAGAGAAAGAGCACGAACUUCAGCAACAGAUGAUUGAUAUUGAGCGUCAAAAGAUGCAGUUAGAAAAAACAAAGGCGACUCGACAGAGAUUUAUAAACAAGAUUUAUGCUGAUCGCUAUGUUGAACAGUCAACGCAGAAGAAAUUUGAGCAAGAGCGGCAGAAAAAAGAAGAUAUGGAGGCAUCAAAGAGAAGGGAUGGUUUCAAGGAAUCGGAAAAACAAGAAAUAAGAGAACGCCACCGGAGAGAUGUGAUAAACAAACAGGCUUUAAUGAAAGAAAGGUUAGAGGAGAUAGCAUUGCUUCAGGCCAAGAGGCAACAGGAGAAAACUGAUUAUCUAGACAACAAAGAGGAAUAUUUGAUCAAGCCAUCAACAACUUACACAGAUUCUGAACUGUACGCUUUUAGAAAAAGCCAGUCAAAGCUGGUGUCUGAUCAACUUGCUGACAUAAAAAGACAGAAUCUUGAUGCAGCAUUUCUAAGAGAGAAGAAAUCCUUAGAGUCUAUGAAGAGUAAAAUCACCAAAGAACUGCACGAAGAAACAGAAAGAAUAUUCAGUCAUUUUCAGCUCAGAACGAAAGAGAUUAAGGAAGUCAAAGAGAUUGAGGAUGCUGACAAAUAUCCUGACAUGAAGUUUUUGCCUGACAACCAAAAGCAGCUGGAUGAUGAGUUGCUGUCUUAUCAGGCUGAAGAACCUCGGAAAAUCAGUGUCACUUCAGAUGAUCGUGAGACAUUUAUUUCAGAUGCAAAAGUCAAAGUAAGGCAGCCCAGACCUCCAGAAACUGCGAAUCCCAAAAACUCCUCUCGUCGAUUGAUUUCACACAGAACUGCCCGACUGAGACACUCUAGCCCUACAAGCUGCUUAGCCCAACCUCUGAAUGUUAGAGAUACAAAGAUCAAUCCCAGAAACAACCGUCAGCAAUUGAUUUUGGAGAAAAAUGCCCAAAAAACCUCUCCCUCUUUCAAAGUCCUUAAACAGCAUGAACUUCAAAAUUUUAUCGUCCAGUCCAAACACCCACAUUUUCCAUUCAUUUUAGAUAAGGAUGCCCAAACGAGCUCCCCAAAACUUCCCAGCAUUAAACCGGGGCAAAUCCAAGGAAGAAAUGGACCUUUCAAAUCCGGACACCAGCCCCUUCCUCUUAUCAAGGAAACAAUCAAGAUUGUGAACUUUACGUUUCCAGGCAGUUCUAAAAAGUAAUCUGUUUUUAGGGGCAAAACAGGUUCUCUCUGGGUGCUUCAGCUUUUGCAACUGUGCAAAAACUUAUUUCCUCUCAUUUCCCCUCAAACUGAAAAAAAAUAAAUUUUAAUAUGAUGAAAAAAACAGGUUCUCUCUGGGUGCUCCAGCUUUUCCUAAUGUAGAUUUUGUUUUAAUCUGCUGUAAGACUUAAAAGUAAUUGGUUUUUUUUAGGCCAAUUUUUACGAUUGGCUUAAAAGGCACAUGAAAC